UCUCGUUUGAGUACCAAACGAUCAUCUAUUUUAAGUAUAAUAAUUUACUUUCACGAAUGGUUUCAGCUAUUCACCUUCACCGUACCUACACUUCCAUUCACUCAAGACCGAAGUGUGCAACUGACUUUGAGGAGUCAAGCGUUACAUAUUAGUAUCCCGUUCACAUAUCGAACUAGCAGCAGUACUUCGCGAUUUGAAUGCCUUGCUGAAUUUGCUGCCACUGGAGAGAUAUCCUCGCUCAUCGUUCCUUUCGCUGGGCACAUAGGUGAACGGGAUGGCGAAGGGAACACCGUGUUGCAUAUAUCAGCGAAAAAUUCCCAAAGCUUUGCCCUGAAAUUGCUGCUCUCGGCUCCACUGCCUAGAGUUACUAAUGGAGUUCUUAUAACUGCCCUUCAUUGUGCCGUUCGGGCUGGGGAUCCUGACAGCGUCCAUUAUCUGCUGAGUCAUGGAAGCGGUACAAGAGUGCUGGACAAUCACAAGAACUCCGUAACUAAUUUAGUGAUCCACUAUCUAGCCGACGCUUACAACGAAGCGAUCUUCAAGGAAAUUCUCGAAACACCAGGAUCGAGCGAAAACGAGCUUGACGCUCUGAAUGAGGAAGGAUUCUCAGCUCUACAUCUUGCUGUCAGAAGAUUGAAGCUCAGCUUGAUCGAACUGCUUUUGGAAGCUGGCGCUUCUAUCAACGCUAAGGACAGUGCUGGCCGGUCCCCGCUCUUCCAUGCUGUGAAUAUGAACGACGUUGAAAUUGUUCAGUUCCUUCUCGGGAAAGGAGCCGACCCAAACGUUGAAGACGACAGUGGCGAAACCCCUCUGUUGUUGUGCAUGAAGACGGCGAACUACGCAAUUAUGGGUCUACUGAUUGAUGCAGGAGCUGAUCCGAAUAGGAAAAAUCGUAACGGAAACUCGCUUUCGGACAGUGAUGAUGCAACUGUUCAACGAAUCAUCGCUGGGGAGAGACGAUCGAUUACAGAUGACAUUUCGUGCCUCGAUUAUUUAACACGAUUGAGGCUUUCUAAAUUGAUGGACGAGAAUUCGAAAUGGCAGCAGCUGGCUGCGGAGUUGGGCUGCUCACAUAUGAUUGAACUGAUUUCUAUUUGCUCUGACGAUAGCAGUCCAACAAUGAUUCUGCUCGACCAGUUUGAGCAAAUGCCCGAAGCUAAGAUCUCACGUGUUCGCUCGGCCCUGCACACACUUCGAGAAGAGGAAUCCGUGAAGCUGAUCGAUGACAGAUUCAUCUAUUGA